UAAAUACCCUUGUCGAUAACAUUGACAUCUUGCAAUAGCUCGUUGAUACGGAACAUUUUGUGCAGUGGAAACGUCUUUGUAAUAUGGUAAGUUUGUAGUCCAUAGCUUUCAAUCUAGGUUAAAGAUUUACGGUACAAUAACUUGAUCAGCGAUAUUUUCAUAGUGUACUGUGUAGGUCUCACUUUGAAAAAAAAAAAAAAAAAAAAGAAAAAACACAUUUUAAUUAAAAAAAAAAAAAAAAAUGAGUGGUUAAUUUUGAUUUUUUUUUUUGUUUAAAAUAAAAGUGAUGAUACGCUAUUUUUUUUAUAUAAGAUGUUGUAUAAAAAGUAUUUAUGUGUCCAGCCUCCCCCACAAACAAAAAAAAAAAAAAAAAAAUAAAAACUAUAUGGGGCAGUGGAAACGUUUUUGUAAUAUGGUAAGUUUGUAGCCCAUAUCUUUCAAUCUAGGUAAAAGAUUUACGGUACAAUAACUUGAUCAGCGAUAUUUUAAUAGUGUACUGUGUAGGUCUCACUUUGAAAAAAAAAAAAAAAAAAAGGAACAACACAGACUGAGUAAAGACUAUCAUAACGAUGAGCAGGUAAAUUGGACUCAUUUUUUGCCUUGAAUUGAAUGGGAGGUAUUGCCUCAUUUUGGAUGUAUCCAUUCUCGGAUAAAGGAUAUUAUGAGCUAGGCUCUAGCUCACACUGAAUAUAAGGGGUAUUUUGUAAAGGUAGUUAUGCCGCGACUCACUACACAAAAACGAAGAAAAAUUCAAUGUCUAAUCCUCUGUUUCUAGGCAAGACAUGAGGUCAAAAUUUUAAGCCUCUAUCAUAAAGGUUAAGAAUUUGUAAUGAGAAAAAAAAAGUAUUCUAUGGGGAGGUGUUCGUUAAAAGAUUACAAGUUUCGUCCUUAAUGCCUACAAAACGCUAGUCAGCUGGUAUCCUUCGGUAUCCUUCGGUGAGGAAUAAUUAUCUUAUUUGCAUUCUGGUGGUUAGUUUGAGAGCGGGGAAACGGAAUCUUCGACUUGAGGUAAAGGUGGCCGGCUUUAACGUUAAAAUUAAGUUCAAAGCACAAGAAUGACAACUAUUAAAUACAGGUCUAAAUGGCGAUGCCUUGUAUGUUUUUUCCAUCAUUUACAUUACUUUUUUUUUUACCAGUUGAUGCAUAUGCACGCCUGAGAUUUGACUUGGCAUUUUUAUUACUACUUAGUUUCGUACCGCACGGUAUGUAUGGCACACCUCAGAUAAAAUUGCCAACAAAAAGUUCGUUAUUACAAACGCGCGCGCGGCAUUUGAACAAAAAAAACUAUUGCGUGCCAACGGAAGAUGUAAAACUGCUAAGAAGGAAUUUACGCGCGUGCUUGCAGGAAUCGAAGUGACAAGUUCAUUUCGCUUGUUCAAGCACGCCAGAUCGGCUCUGCAAAUGAUGAAAUAUUUUUCCCACAGGUACAAAUUACAGCGAUUUGAAGCGGGAUUAAUUGUGCGGCUUGCUUUAAGAUCUUCCAAGUUAAGCUAAAUCUAAUCUUAGCGUCUUUCAAGUGCCAGACGUGCUUACUGAGUUCUGACUACAUAGCUGUUAUUUAGAGAAUGUACGUGUACUUUUAAUUCUUUUAAUUACGAUGAAGUUUUUGUCGCCGUAGGUCUUAAAAAAAAUAUAUAUAUAUAGCCUUUAUAUUACUUAAUUACCUUCUGUUUAGCGUUAACAUUAAUGACAGUCCAUCUGUUUCUUUUUAUAAGAAUAAUGAAUUUCAGCUGAAAUAAAAUUCUCGUCAGGGAUUCCUUUUAAAUGGAUGCAAUGUGCCAGGCAACAUUGUCAGUUUAGGUAGCACACCAUUGUUAUUACAUACCGUUCUAACUUAUAGGUGCAACGAGGAUUUAAAUGAUGUAUAUUAAUGGCAACGUUUGUGUUCAAUUUUUUCUUUCGAUCUUUACUAACAAAAUAUUUCGCGUCCUGACACUUAUUUAAGCUGAAACAAACAUCACAAAAGACUUUUAAGAACAUUUUAAAAAAUUUAUUCAAACCCCCGUCCAUGCCAACUAAUUUGCUUUAACAAGGACCAGUUCUUGCGGGUGUUUAGGGGGCAGAUCUGUUGUAAAAUGGAAAAAAAUAAAAGCAUAUUUUAUUCAUAGUAUAGGCGAAUCCUUGUUUACACUUUCCGUUUUGUGACAUUUUAUUAAGCUACUAGAGGCAUCUUCAUAGGGGGCUAGGUGGUGAGAGGGCGACAUGAUUGAUUGCUUGAAAUAAGGGUUAGAUCCUGUUUAAACAACAUUUAACUCGCAUCUACUUAAUGCCACAGGCAUGAUGACAUCUCUGAAUAUAUAACAAUUAUUCUAUUAUGCUAUUAUGCUAACUAGGCGAUUUCUUACUAAAACAACUAUUUAGUGAAGAGUUGUUUCUAGUAAGAAACAGCAUAAUAGUAUUUGUAAUUUCUGAAAACGUCGAGCUAGAUAUAACAAAUAUCAAAUGUCCAUUUUUUUGGGAGAAAUUUUCGGUUAAAAAACUCAAAAUUUAUCAAAGGAACUGUAGGCUCAUUAAGGCUUUUUCUACUCAGCAAUCUUGAAGUUUGGCUGAUAUUUCCUUAGAUAUUGCUUUUAAAGGAAACUUAUCUCUGAAAGAAAUAAAUGGUUUUAUGCUAAAUGUGACUGAUUAAUGUGCCAUUUCUCUAGCUACCGGGGAGGGUCGUUCCUGCCAUCCGGGACAUUAUAUAUGUGUUUCUAUAACAUGAAAGUGAAGAACAAGGCCUCUCUGCUCUCUGCAAAAACAAAGCUGGAAAACAUUUGCCCCUCCCUUCCGUCCCCUUUGGCUCCGCUUUCCUCAUGCAGGUUAAGGCAUAUAGGUUGAAAGGCUAAAAGACCCCCCACAGAGAAUGCAAAGAUCCAUUUUAAUGACACAGAAGGAUCCACGAAAAAAGGUAUCCACAAAGAUAUGAUAAGACAUCUCACUAAAAUAGUUUUGGAAAAUUCAUCCUAAGCAUCACGCGACAUUCACUAGUCUAUGACGUCACAAAAACUGUUUUCUCAAACGAGGCAAGGUUGUUAAACUUCAGCCUAAAAUUGUCAGCGAAACUGUCUGGAUUGUCAAUUAGCCUUGCAAGGUGGAUUAAAGCAUUUUUAUUAAGAGUUAUUAAAGUCUUUUAUAAGACACGUGACCUGUUUUUCUUUAUUUCAUAAUCCUUGCUCAACUUAGGCAUACAUGCCUGGCUAUUUCAUGAUAUCCAGGCCUAGGUAAAAACACUGUUGCCUAAGAAUAUUUGCUGCUCUUUCAUUUCCUUUCACCUGUUUUUAUUUGAUCACUUUGAACGUUAACGAUCAUUUGCAGGUCAGGUGACUAAUAUUUCAACAAUGAAUAUGUCAGCUAUUGUUAAGAUCGUCGCGCUGAAACUGUUUGCCAAGUUUCAUGACGACUGAUCAAAACAAUCCGUUUCAAAGGCCACUUCGCCAAAUUAUGCAAAUUAUGAGGUGACCCAUGCCUUAAUCGCCUGAGAAUCAUCUCCCUAAUGGCAGGUGUACCCUCACCUUUGCUGGUAUAAAUGUUCUAGUGUAUCUGUAUUUUCCUAGCUUGAUAUGCUUAAAUGAAAUAAACGGUCACUCUUGUGGCCAAAUUUUUCCCAAACUGGAAUUGUCGUUAUUAAGUAUCCCAGCAAACAGAGCUCACCCAAAGCGAGACUCCACCAACAGCAAUAACCGACUCAAUCUAAAGGAACAUGGAGCAUAAAGAGCUAAAUGUGGCACAGACUGCUCAAGUUAACCAGCUGGUACAACGUUAUUUGUAAAUCGUUUACACGGGUACGGACAAAGAUUUUACCUGUGCAACCCGUUUACACGCAACCGUACAAAUUCUGUUGCAGCCAAUUGCAGUAUUGUUUCGAAUUGUUUGCCUUUUAAAAACUCAGACUUGCAUGAUUCCCUCUGCUUAAAAUAAUUGAAUAGAGUCAAAGUACAUGUACUUGAUACAGACUUCAUCCUUUUUUAUUCCAGGCUGAAUCGCAAUUCUCCGAAGAUCAGAUAGCAGGUAUGAAAUUAAAUUCCGAUCUGAAAACGAGCAACAUGCAAGGACUUGCCUUGUAGUUAUCCUGUAUGCGUUCGAUUGAGAAAUGUGAAUUUAGAAUUUGGAAUCCGGAUUUCGGAUUUUGCAAUAAUUAAAGCAGAAAAUCCAGUACGGAUUACUUCGAGAAAUUCGUCCACGAGGUAGAUUUCAAAGAAGAAAUCCAAAUCUUCUUUGAGUUUUAUUUGAAAUCCGAAUUUGAAAAAUAUAUAGUUCGCGUGAUCAGAAGUCUUUUUUUUUUUUUUGCUAAUUAUGCGUGCCCACAGUCUUAGUGGCGCUUCGACGUAAUCCGGUUUUGGAUUUUGCGUUGUUAUACAUAUCCAAAAUUUGGAUUUCAAGAUCUAAAGCAGGAUUUCCCAAUGGGAUGCUUCCUACGUUUCAGGGUAAGGUGGAUCUUAUAUGAUGAGCUUAUCCCCAUUUACACUUAUUCCUUCACAUCCUUAACAGAAAUCAAACAAGCAUUCUCUCUUUUCGACAAGAAUGGGGAUGGAAAGAUUACCACGAAAGAGUUGGGAACAGUGAUGGAAUCUCUAGGGGAAAACCCGACAGAAGCUGAACUUAAAGAAAUGAUCAGUGAAGUUGACACAGAUGGUAAUGAUCCACUUAUUUUUAAGAGCAUAUAGUCACGCAAGAGAUUGUCAAGAGAACAAUGGAACAGAAAGGAAAUCUUAGGGCGUUGACUCUCUCGUAUGCGACCACCCCUGACGCACGAAAAAGUGGUCGCUUACGGGAGGUGGUCAUCCAAGGGAAAAUCAAGAGAAUAUGCUCAAAUUGAACUGAUGAACGUGAUUACAUAAAGUUAUUACCUAACAAGCUAAAACUAAGGCAAACAAACAACUGGCCACACUGGUUCACAUCGAACAGCGCUUGGAAAUGUUGAAAUUUUGUACAUAACAGUAUUGCAGCAAUGUUACAAUCCCCAUUUUUUCCCUACAGAUCGUAUCACAGCAACCCUCUUUAAAGUUAACUGCUUUCAGGGAUCCGCAGCGCUUUUUAAAACUAAACUUUUGUGAAAUUUGAGCUGCAAUGGUUUUCCUACAAUCAUACAUGAUCAUGCCAGGGUCACUUUAAUACGAGAAAAAGAAAAGAAUAGAAUAAUGUUGAAUUUCUGGUUAUAAAAGCGGUCGCGGUCUUUUAAGUAGUGGUCACUUACGAGAGAGUUUUUAAAACAGUGUUUAACUGAGAAACAAGACGGUUAUCUAUACAAAGUGGUCGCUUACGCACGAAGGAUGGUCGCUUACAAGAAGCGGUCGCUGUGGGAGAGUUGACUGUAUGAAAAUUUCCCAGAGUUCAUAAAGCAUUUAGCUUUAAAAAAUUUCUUCAAAACUUUUAAUUUCUUCAAAAUAUUUUAAGAAAUUUUUAAAACAGUUAAAAAUUAUAUGACGUUUCGACGUUUUCGGACGUCAAUAGAGAGCUUUAGAUUGGAUAUCAAGUCGGCAGAAGAAAGAGCGUACCUUGGCACAUUCUUGACUAAAGGCUUUUGUCGUAGAUGAUAGAGCAUAGGCGCGAUGUAAAAUGGUCUUAAAUAAACCGGUUUUGUAACGUUUGUUUACAUGGCUUUAAAAAUGCAAGAGCAGAACAGUCUGUUGGUCCGCCUUCUGUAAUCACGGGUUUCAAAAUCUUUUCUAUUCUUAGACUAUUCUUAUAGCUCAUUUCAAAUGAACGGGAUCUUGUUAUCAGUAGGAAGUUUCGGCCAUUGUAAUUCAGGCUCGGGACGGCGUAGAGCAUUCGAUGUAAUGAGAAAGUCAGCGUCGGCAUCGGGUGGCAGGCAUUCUAGCAAGAGUUUUCUUGGAGGUGGCACAUAAAACACAUUGGCCAUUAGGAGGCCAAGAGGAGAGCCCAUCGCUAUACACCGUCAAUCUAUUCAUACAAAUGACCAUCGAACCUAAAAAAGUUGAUUGGUGGCUACAACAUCAAACAGUUGUGUAAGUUCCUGUUUCUCAAGAUUAAGAUCAUUGGUAAAGGCUUUGUCGACCAGGAUGUUAAUAGUCUCACUUAGAGGUAUAUUGCUAAAAGGGCCUUCACGUCAUAAGAGACCAGUAUAUCUUCUUCAUACGAAGGAAUGGAACAAAUCUCAUCAGCAAAUUCAAACGCAACAGUAAUAGCGUACUAGUUUACAGAAGGUGGUUUCGAUUAGUUUCUUCAAGCCAAUUAGCCAGGUUAAAGUUGUAAGUUCCGGUGGGGGAUAAAAUUGGUCUCAUACUCAAUUUUUUUGACUUUGUGUGUCUUGGGAAGCCCAUAAAGAUGGGACAAGAAGAAAGGGAAGUGACAAUGUCUUCAGGCAGUAUUUAAUGUAGGAUUGAAUGUACAUCUUUCUAUUUCCGAAGAAGUAGGUGAAAGUGGUUCGGGGUCGUCCACGAAGGUUUGGGCAUACGGGGGACUCCCAUCUAAAAGCGACGAGGAUGCUCGUAGAAAAAUUCAAAUUAAAUCCCCUGAAGGGGAUCUAAUGUGGGCGUGGCUCAAGUUUAAACUAACCCCUAGGGGAGAUUUCUGUGUUGUCAGUGUCAGGGCAUUUUUUGAAAAUUUCUUUAUGCACAGUACUAAGCGAUACCUGGAUGGGCAAAUAGUAACUUUACAUCGCAAACACCCUAACUAAGACCGAAAUCUGCAAUUUACACCCCAAAGCGAGACGACGUUCAUCCACUUCACUUUUCUAUGGGCGGCCCCGCCCCGUUUUGGGCGUUUGUCAUCAAUGCGUGCAAAUUUUGUAGCAUUUCCUAUUCAUCGAUAGAAGCUGCGCUUAGAAGACGGACAUAUUCAGAUUUGGCCAUGACUACAAUUCCAGAACCUCUGUCAGGUUUGGUAACAACAAUGUUCUCAAGUUUCUUUAAGCGAUCGAGCACUUUCACGAGAGCUUUAGAUGGACCGGAGAAGGGCUUGAGCGCUGAAUGUAAUUCAAAGACAUGGAAAGUGAUGUUGAACUUGCUAACUCGUUAUCGUUAGCAUCUUUCAAAAGUGGCUCAAUUUUCCGACAGGCUUUCUAAAAGUUAGCUUUGAUUUCAGUUGGAGCGACUUUUUGAGGCAGAUAAAAUUUCAUUAUCCCGCAGAAUGAACAGGCCUUUCAAAGAUACGAAGAUAUGAUGCUAAUAUGGUCGUUCACGUCAAACUUCUUUGAUAAUAAGCGAGAAGUCUUGCUAACAUGGCUUUUCAUCAUUUCAUCAUAUUGGUUCUGUCGCACUGUGUUCAGUAUCCGUAUGAUUGCAAUGCAGCGAAUGAACGAGCAUUCCUCCCUGGUGUUCUUGUGAGUGUUUCGAAGUUCUUCCUUGAGAUGACUGAGAUAAGAUAACUUAGAUCUCAAUCCCUCGUCCAGAACCUUCUUUUGAUAAUUGUCUGAUGCCUUCUUCCAUUCACGUGCUUUUCUUCAUUAUUCAAUAUAACGGAAGUCUAAUUCCUUGGACGUCCGCAUAUCUUAAUCCUGAAAACCUGAAAGCACGCAAUGCAGAAUUUUGUAAUGGUGACACACCAAGAGAGCAUAGGGAAGUAAUGCCCCAUUAUUCUGUCUAUAGAGAGGAGAAGUCGUUACGUCACGUUGCCAUGGUAGAAACAUUUUUGGAUGACAACAAACCGAAACUUCACUUAUAAAAAGUAAAUUCGAACUGUUUCAAACUUCAUCGAUCUUAUUCAGUUUCAUUUAAUUUGUCAAAUUAAUGUUGGCGAAAUUUUCUGGAUUGAAUCCGAAAGAAAAAGAAGAAGAAACUUUCUGUGUUGUGUUCAUCUACUUCGCAAAGCGGGGAGCGUGAAAUUAGAAGUUUCUUGUCGCAGUCGUGCAACGAUGGCUAUAAAAUGUGCAAAAAAGCGUCAUGCACGUGCACAGUUGUUAUUUACUCAUAUAAAUUUAUUGCCUUUUUUGCCGUUGUCGUCGCCUUUGCCGUCGUUGUUGACUAAGCUCCCUUUUGCUGUGAUCCAAACAUUUCUCUACCAUGGUAACGUGACGUCAUACCUCUCCUCUCUAUUGACAACAUUGAAUAAAAGUCUUCGGGCGACCUCUCCCAGUACGGAAACCAAUUUCAGAUUGAAAUUAAUUCACAUAUCCCAGAGGCUAGACUAUCUCAUUAUUCUCUCUUGAUUCACUUACUGUUAUAACUGUUACAGUGGAACCUCGAUUUAACGAAAGGCCAAGGGACUGGCCAGCAGAUAGUUUGCUUAAAACGAAGUUUCGUUCUAUCGAUGUUCUUUUCUGUAUAUUCUACCAUAACUGAGGCAGAGAAUAUCGUUCGUUAUAUCGAUUGCUUCGUUAAAUCGAGGUUAAACUGUAUUGUAAUUUAGCAGUUUCUAAUUGUUUUUACCAGGCAGUGGAACAAUUGAAUGGUCGGAAUUCCUUAAAAUGAUGAAAGAAAGAAAGAAGGAGGAAGAAUUUAAUGAAGAGGAACUUAGGGAUGUUUUCAAGGUAUUUGACAAGGACAACAGUGGCUUUAUCAGUGCUUCUGAGUUAAAGGAAGUGUCGAGCAAGUUGGGACGAAAUCUGACCGACGAGGAUGUGAAAGAGAUGAUGAAAGAAACGGAUUUAGAUGAAGAUGGAAAAAUCAGUUAUGAAGGUAAGUGUUUUUGAAAGAACGCGAUUCACGCAGAAUAAUUAAACUUUGUCUGACCAUAGAUUAUUUUUUGUUUAUACGUUUCAUGCGAUACGCAGAAAGUAUUUGAAAAUGGAAUUAAGACAGAAUCCACUAGGACAUUAUGAGUAAUUUUGAUUUUCAGUGGACAAAAAUCUUGUUCUAGAAUAAUUUAAAGCACAUUACAUUCUUUCUUACAUUUUUCAAGGGCUAAAGAUAUAAUAAAUCAUCUGUAGUAACACCAAAAAUAGUUCUAAUGGGAGCCCGAGAAAAUAAAUAUUUAAUUUCACAAAAUUACAUCUUACACGAAAUUCUCAGAAUUUUACCUGUGUAAUCACAAUUCUUGUGAAAUUUGAGUUUCAUUUUCUCGGACUUCCAUGAGAAAUUCUCCUUGGUGUUACUACAGAUGAUUUAUUACGUCUUUAGCCCUUAAAAAAUGUAAAAAAGAAUGCAAUGUUCUUUAAAUUAGUAUGGUACAAGGUUUUUGUCCAAUGAAAAUUAAAAUUACUCAAUUUCGUGGUGGCUUCCGUCCUAAAACAAAACUGAAUGCAAAGGCAAAGGGCUGAUUAAUCCGUGGGGCCAAUACUACGGUUAACAACAUGAGCCUUCCUUAGGGCCACAGCUACAUUGAAAGAAAAUACUACAGCAAUAGAAGGGAGACAUACUCGCUAUAAUUGUUAAUUUUUACGUGACGUCACUAAAAUUCAGAUCACAAAACUAUGGAUCCUACUGAGAUUUUACUUUAAUGUCGUAUUUGAGCAGCUGCUAAGUUAAAGUAUUUAAACAAGUUGUCAUUCACAUUCAACUUCAAGUUUGGGGUCAUAAGAAAGUCGAAAAUUAAAAGAAGUAAAAAAGACGACAGCCAAAAAUUAGCUUCGAGUUGUGCUUUAUAUAAGCUCCCGAGUGAUGAUUUGCUUUCCUCUUAAUGUUCUUUUAUUUCUCUCUUUUAUUGCAGAGUUUGUAAAGUUGAUGAGCAAGUGAAUAGCCUUUUUUCCUGUCGUUUUGUUAUUAUUCGAAGUUGCUUCAUGAACGGUUCUUAAUUUAACUGUCCUAUACUGGUUUGCCAAAAGUGACCAAGCAUCCAUGUAGUUUUAAGAAUUUCAUAUACCGGGAUAGUUGUUUGAUAUUCUGUUGAAUUUUUUGUUAUAUUAUUGUAUCUAACU